CAUGGCGACCGCGUGCGCCUGCGGCCUGUAUUGUUCCGCUGGGCCCUCCGCUCCCGGGGCGGGCGGGUGACUCCACACCCUGGAGGAUGCGCCGUGGUCCCCAGAGGAGUGCUUCCUCCCGGCCGACUGAUGGAGGGGAGCGGUUCCCUCUCGGUUCCCUGCGGGGCUGGUGACCAGGAGAGCAGCGCUGGCCAGGCUGGGAGCAAGCCCACCUCCGCCUCCAGAGACGCUCACGCGGGGGUCAUCUUCUCCUCCUCAGCGAUUUUAGACUUGAGUCAAAGUGGUCUUCACCAUUUUGAGGAGAUCUUUAAAGUCCCCAACCUCAGACAAUUGCACCUUCAGCGAAAUGCCCUGUGCACGAUUCCCAAAGACUUCUUCCAGCUGCUCCCCAACCUCUUGUGGCUGGACCUGCGUUUCAACAGGAUCACCGCGCUGCCCUCUGGGAUUGGCCGUCACAAGCAUUUGAAAACUUUGCUUUUAGAAAGAAAUCCCAUCAGAAUGUUACCCGUGGAGCUGGGGAGCGUGACCACCCUGAGGGCCCUGAGCCUGCGGCACUGCCCCCUGGAGUUCCCGCCGCAGCUCGUGGUGCAGAGGGGGCUGGUGGCCAUCCUGACCUUCCUGCAGAUCUGCGCGGCCGAGCACGCGGCGCCCCGAGACGGCUCCCCUCGAGUUAAAAAGAUGACCGUAAGGGAUCUGCCACAGCCCGUGUUGGACUUAUCCGAAGAGCGCAUGCCGAACAAAGAAACCAUUGGUUCUCAGGAGCCAAAGGGAAGCAUGGUAACAGAAAAGGCAGACUCUUUCCCACCUGUUGAAACACUAGACCUGCUCGGGCCCGGGAGGUCCACCGAGACCCCAGAGGACUGGCCGAGCGAGGAGGAGAUCCGGCGGUUCUGGAAGCUGCGGCAGGAGAUUGUGGAGAAUGAGCGGGCGGGGGCGCUGGGGAACCAGCUCCUGCCGGUGGAGCUGCCCCCCAACCUCAGGGCUGCGCUGAGCUCCAAGGGGAAGCCGCUCCCCCACCCGAGGCCCCUCUUCAGGAUGAAGGUGCCCUCUUUCCAAGGUGUCCUGCCCGAGCUGGACUCUGCCCAGCAGGCCCUGGUCCGCGCCAGCCAGCUGGGGGAGAGCCGGGGCCUGGCCCUCCGGGAGCUGCGGGAGAGGCAGGCUCAGGAGCAGAGCCGGAGAGACAAGCGAGAGCUGCAGGAGUGGAGGGAGUGCGCCCAGAGGAGGAGAAGGCCGGAGGAGCCCGGGAGCCUACCGGCCCCGCGCCUGCGGAGGGACCCGGGGGCGGCAAAGAUGGCCUUUGCCACGGACCUGAGAGAGAACGGGAAAAUACCGAAGAAUUUGCCUGGAAAAGUGAAACAAAGCAAAGAAAAACCGCUGCAAGCAUGUCAGGAAAUGAGUCCCCGCAGUGGCCUCCGAGGGCAGAUUCUGGCGGAGACGUUGAAGCCGCAGGCCCAGCAGCUGCACGCGCGGAGGAGCUGGUUCCGGGGGCUGGCGCCCCUCGAGGACGUCGGGAGGGCCACCCGAGACGUGGAGAUGGCCCGGACGCUGCAUGAUGAAGUCCUGAAGCUGAAACUGAGGUCGACCUUGAACAGAAACCACCAGUGCGCUGCUCUGCCCGGGAGCCUGUCGCUCGGGCCGGCUGCGUCCCAGAAUAUAUUUUUUAACCCAAAGUAUUAAGAAUCUGAAGACGUUUACAGACACUACUGAGAGAGGGUCUUCUCACCUGGAAGACGGCCGUGGCUCGCGCCCUCCCAGGGCGCCCCCUGGCGCAGAGCCUGAGGGUCUGCGUCUCCAUCCCUCCAUCCGCACGUUCUGAGCCCGAGGCGGUCUGAGCUGCAUUAAAGGAGAACGUGGUGACAGGCACGCGGCUCCGGCUCCAUCACGGGCGAUCGCGGGCGGAGCGCUUGGUCGUAGGCGCCUGCGCCUGCCCUCAGGCACGCCUCCCUCCCCAGGGGGCCCCUCCCACCUCCCCUGGGGGUCCCCACCCGCUUUCAGCCCCUCAACUUCCCCUUUGCCCCGCCUGCCUCCCUUCAGCCCCUCCCAGCUGCUCACAGCAGGUUCCGUGAGGUUCCUGGAGGUUCCGUGACUGACUGACUGCAGCGGGUCGGGGUCGUGAGCGGUGCCCUCCUCCUGCCUGGCUAUGUUGCCCUCCCCCCAAGGGCGGCCCCGGCCCCCUGCCCCCCCAGACCAGUCCCAGACCCGCGGGGGGCCGUCACUCAAAGUCACUCAACUUAGCCUCUUGCGCUGGACAUGUGAUGACCUGAGAUGAGGGCUUGAUCUAGAAAACACCUUUGAUUCUAAUUGACAGAUAUAGGAUAACUCAGAGUCUCGACUUCUUCUUGUGUCAAUUUUGGUAGAUACGUUUCUCAGUGACUUUUUUCAUUGCAUCCAAACUGUCUGGUUAUUAGCAUAAAAUUCCUUGUAAUCUUCUCAUCCAGCGCUCUCUCAGUGGCUGAGGACCUGUGGCGCGUCCCCUCUCACUGUUGGUGUGACUCCGCCUCCCUAAUCUUGCUCGGAUUCAUCGCUUCCGUUAGCCUUUUGGACAGUCACUGUGGGCUUUGUCGAGGCGCUGUUGUGUUUUCUGCGUCACUGGUAUCUGUUCUCCUUUCCUCUGCUUCUUUGGGUUUGGUUAGUGCUGGGAGGGAACUUGCCCCCUUUCCGUGCAUGUGUCAGAAAGGAAGAAACGUGUAACAUCCAUACCCUGGGCUCCCAGCUCAAGAGGCUAAGAUGUGUCAGUUACUUGCUGCUGUGUAACAAGUUACUGCAAAGCAAAGCAGCUGGGAAAGCAGGUAAAUAAUAAUAAAUAAUUAUUGUGUGUGUUAUUAUAUAGUAUGUAACAUCUGAGAAAACUCUUGAGGUCCCUUGGACUGCAGGGAGAUCAAACCAGUCAAUCCUAAAGGAAAUCAACCCUGAAUGAAAUUCAUUGGAAGGACUGAUGCUGAAGAUCCAAUACUUUGGUCACCUGAUGUAAAGAGCCAACUCAUUGGAAAAGACCCUGAUGCUGGGGAAGAUUGAAGGCGGGAGGAGAAGGGGACAACAGAGGAUGAGAUGGUUGGAUGGCAUCACCGACUCGAUGGACUUGAGUUUGAGCAAACUCUGGGAGACAGUGAAGGACAGGGAAGCCUGGUAUACUGCAGGGUCCCAAAGAGUCAAACACGACUUAGCGAAUGAACAACAACAAAUGUAACCCAUUAUUAUAUUAAUGUUAUGAAUGAUAAUAAAUAUCUAUUAUCUCUCCCAGGUUCUGAGGGUCAGGGUUGGCAGCAGCUGGGCUGGUGUUUCUGGUUCACUCAGGCCGGGGGAGGGCCCGUGGGGUCUGGAGGCUGGGCUGGAGGGUCUAGCUUGCUGUGACCCCAGUCCUGUGACGUGACUGUGACUACAGCUGCCACAUGACUUCUGCUGGGAAACGUUCCGUGUGACUCGACAGGAAUCUGCUUGGCGGCUGUUGGAUGUGGUGUGUCCGUGUGACAAGUUGUCCCCUGCAUCUUCAGGGUCUGUUCGUCUUGUCCUGUCUGCUGGGCCCCACUUGCAGCCACGGCGGUGGACUUGUCUAUAUCUCCCUUUAGCUGUGUCAGCUGCUGCUGUGUGUAGUCUGGAACUACGCUGUUAGAUGCCUGCACAUUUAGGAUUGUUGUGUCUUCCUGUUGAAUUAAACCUUUCAUCAGUAUGAAAUAUGUCUCAGUUUCUGGUUUCACGCUUGCUGCCUUCAGGCCCCUGCGCCUGUCGCUAGUAUAGGUACCACCACAGCGCCAGUGUCUGUAUCCUUCCACUCCGGGCUUCCUGUGUUUGUAUAUGUAGAGAACGUCUCAGGUGAGCAUCGUAUGUCGGGUCUUUCUUCCUUUCUCCAGCCUGACAGUAUCUGUCCUCUGAUUACAGUGACCCCUUAUGGUCAAAUGGGUGAUUUUAAGUCUCCCAUGUUGAUAUUCAUUGGAAGAACUGAUGCUGAAGCUGAAGCUCUAAUGUAUUGGCCACCUGAUGUGACGAACUGACUCAUUUGAAAAGACCCUGAUGCUGGGAAAGAUUGACGGCGGGAGGAGAAGGGGACGACAGAGGAUGAGAUGGCUGGAUGGCAUCACCGACUCAAUGGACAUGAGCUUGAGUAAUCGCUGGAGCUGGUGAUGGACAGGGAGGCCUGGCGUGCUGCAGUCCAUGGGGUCACAAAGACUCGGACGCGACUGAGCGACUGAACUGCAACAUGUUACUGUUUGUUUAUGAGUCUCAUGCUUUUGUUCCUUUAUUCUUCCUUUGCUGUUCUCUGAUGUUAAUUUUUUUUAAUUUAAAAUUAUUUUGGGGCUUCCCUAG